AUGUCUCCUGCCAAGUCUGUUAUCCUCGUCACCGGCGGCUCCGGUCUCGUCGGCAAGGCCAUCCAGUGGGUCGUCGAGAACGACUCCAAGUACGGCGGCCGUGAGGGCGAGGAGUGGGUUUACCUCACCUCCAAGGACGGCAACUUGAUUGACCCUGCUGCGACCAAGGCCAUCUUCGAGAAGUACCGCCCCACCCAUGUCAUCCACUUGGCUGCCAAGGUCGGCGGUCUUUUCGGCAACAUGGCUGCUAACCUCGAUUACUUCCGCGACAACUUGCUCAUCAACGACAAUGUCUUGCACAAUGCUAAGGAGUUUGGUGUCAAGAAGGUCGUUUCGUGCCUGUCGACCUGCAUUUUCCCCGACAAGACUUCCUACCCCAUUGACGAGACCAUGGUUCACCAGGGUCCUCCCCACGACUCUAACUACGGUUACUCUCACUCCAAGCGCAUGGUCGAUGUCAUGAACCGCGCCUACAACCAGCAGUACGGAUGCAACUUCACCUCGGUCAUCCCCACCAACGUCUUUGGACCCCACGAUAACUUCCACUUGGUCAACUCGCACGUCAUCCCCGGUUUGAUCCACAAGUGCUACUUGGCCCAGGAGAACGGCACCCCUUUCAUCAUGGCCGGAACUGGUCGCCCUCUCCGUCAGUUCAUCUACUCCCGCGAUCUCGCCAAGCUCUUCAUCUGGACCCUUCGCGAGUACCAGGAGAUCACCCCUCUUAUCUUGUCUGUCCCCGAGGAGGAGGAGGUCUCCAUCAAGCAGGUCGGAGACUCGAUUGUCAAGGCUAUGGGCUACAGUGGCGACUACCGCUUCGAUACCUCUAAGGCCGAUGGCCAGUACAAGAAGACUGCCUCCAACAAGAAGUUGAUGAGCCUCAACCCUGACUUCCAGUUCACCCCCUUCGAUGUCGCCCUUAACGAGACCGUCGAGUGGUUCAAGGAGAACGUUGACACCAUCCGCAAGUAA